CCUCCGCGGGGACCAAUGGGAAGCGAGAAGACGGCAGCACCGUGCCUAUGCGCUGUGGGGAUUUGCGGCUCGCGAUGGCGAGCGGCGAUGAGUGGGACGAUGGCGACUGGGAGGAGGAGGAGCAAUACGUGGUGGUUGAGCUGUCUGGCAUCAUCGACUCGGAUUUCCUGGCCAAGUGCAACAACAGCUUUAAAAUGCUGGGAGUGGACACGGAUGAACCCAUCAUGCAACUGGGUGGUUGUGUCUUUGCUGGUCGAUACGAAGAUGCACUUGGGACGUGCGUGUUAUUCAAAGAAAACGCCACUUCAGGUCCUGGGGACGCGUCGGAGGGCACGGCCUUGAGCUACCAAUGUCACACGGCCAAGAAGCUGCUCAUGCAUCGAAUGUUCCUAUCCGAAAGGCAAUCGUCUGAGCCCAUCUCUGGCAUCGAGGCGAUGCAGUUAGACUCGCUGGACGGAUACCGCCACUCGUCGGGAUACCACUGGCAGCCGCCCAAGGAGGAGAUGAACCCAGACGUCGCAGGAGGUGACGACGAGGAUGAGGACGACGAUGACGACGACGGCAAAGAUGACAAUGGGGACGGCGACGAUGACAACGAUCACGAUCGGCAGCCAGCGGAGGCUGCGGCGCCCAGCCCAGGAACAGCGAACGAGGGCAGCAAGGAAGCAGUACCCGAACCAUCUCUCGGCACGAAGGCUGAAGCCUCAAUUGUGCCGUGAUGGCCGACCAAUCUCCCUGACUUUUCCACUGGCUUGCGCAGAGUGGGCCGUGUAACAUGCCCACUAACGUUAACUAAAUUGUUUCCUUGCUCAAAAUAGUAACAGCAGAGUGGGCCACAUCCUGCUAAAGGUCUGAACCAGGGGAGAAAAUUCCCCGUUUUCCAUCGUGGGAGCCAUUCCCUUCACAAGUUGACAACUGCUGACUUGCUGCGAAGUGGUUAUGUAUUUUAUUUACCUCCAGAAUGAUGAUGAUUGGCUGAGUUGACAUCCACCUUCUGGUAAGAGUUACACUCCAGAAACCACACCACCACAUUCUGCAAUGUAAUUACUAUGAGACAUAUUAAACCAAGCGUGCCACCUACAUAAAAGCGAUAGUUUUUUGGUCAACCGGUAUUGAGCUGCAUACGGCUAAUGUAAAAGAAAGCUCCGUGCCAUCUCUAAUAGGCCGAGCCUAUGUAAUUGACAAUGAUGAUGUAUCCUGUGCAGGUUGUUUGAUAAUGAAGUCACAGCACACUGGCAUCAGUGUUGCCACGUUGAAUCUACGUAGUGCGAGGAGGAGGCUCCUUCUAUGAUGCUUGUGCAAUAUCCUGAAUGUCCCUUGAGGUUUGUAUUGGUCUUUAUGUCAUUGGUCUAGGGAAACUUCAAUUCACUCGGACUGUGUACACAAUGUAGAUACAUGUCAUGUAGACGUGUUAAUAAAAUGUGUUUUGUUCACCAUGACCCUCAUGGAGUUGAUCACGGACCUGUGGAGUGUUUGGGUACAUUUUGUAUGUUGACAAUACCGCAUAAAGUCAGCGCUCUUAUAAGUCGGUAACAUGAAUCCCGUUUACAAGGCUGUGCGUUAAAUAAAACCAUUAUUUGAUUUG